AUUUCAUAUGGACUCCUGGCAGUAUGAAUUUGAAAAGGCAGCCCACUUUGGGUUAGAUAAUGAAGAAGGCUUGGCUUCUGCAAUGACAGCUUUAUAAAUUCAUUUCCUUCCUGGAGUUCAUCGACUCAUCCCUGUGCUUGGUCCAUUGCUGCAAACUUGCAAAAGACAGCUCCAUUUUUCCUCAAGAAAAGCUACCAACAUGAACAGAGGACUGCUCUUGUUACUGCUGUUGUACACAGCUCAAGCCAAACCCUGUCCUCCUUGUUCAUGUGAGCCACUGCCAGGAAAACUGGGUUGGCGAAUAGACUGCACUUCUCUGGGGCUGAAGGAGAUGCCUCGCCUGUCAAUUGACAUCCUAACACUUGAGCUGCAAAACAACAGCUUGACCACAGUUCAUCCUGGCACGUUGGACAUCUUGAGAAAAGUGGAGAAAGUGGAUUUUUCUAACAAUCCUUGGAACUGUGACUGCUCCAUUUUAUAUUUCAAGAUGUGGCUAGAAGAUUUCCAUGGAGCUUCUCUUGCCAACAUUACGUGUGCAGGUCCAGCUUCUGUAAAGAUGACAGCCUUGAGCCAGCUGAGUGGGAAUGACUUGGAAGGAUGCCAGAAACCUCCCCCAAUCAGCUGCCUUGAUUUCCUUUGGAGGGAUGUUCCACUCAUCGCUAUUGCCAUAUUGGUCUUAAUUCUGGCAUCCUGCACUCUGCAUUACUCCAGAAUAUUAGCCUGCAGAACUACUCAACAGCAGCAUUUGUCUGAAGUCCCACUGCUGCAGAUUCAUGCCAUGGAAGAUCAGAAGUCAAAAUAAGGCACAAAUAGCUCUUUAGUAAGAAUACGCAAAGUCUUCUAUU